CCCGCAGCCAUGCUCGCCCUUUCAACAAUCAUCCCUAGGGACCCCUUCAACGCCGUCGUCUUGUCGCUGUGUGUUUUGACCAUCUUCUUGCUCUCCGUCUUUGCCUUCUCUCUGAAGCCGCAGAAAGGCGAGACGACCACAUUUCGCGCCUAUUUGAAGUUCUUCUAUGCUUGCUUCGUGAAGCCUCACACCGGGGACGGCUCGGGAAGCCAGCAAGAUGCUUUGGAGAGCUUCUACAAAGCACAGGCAGAUGUCUACGAUGCCACACGGACCAGACUUCUUAGAGGUCGAGAGGAUAUGUUGGGCUUGGUGGCCGCCCAACUGAAGCAUCGCUGUGAGGCUGGCUCAAUCGCCCAGAGACCUGUAUGGGUAGAUAUUGGUGGUGGAACUGGUCACAAUGUCGAGCAAAUGAACCAGUUCGUCUCGGUUCCGAAUUUCUUCCGAGCUGUCUACGUCGUCGACCUCUCGCCCAGUCUUUGCGACAUGGCACGCAAGCGCUUUGCUCGUCUCGGGUGGAAGAACGUCAAAGUCAUUUGUCAAGAUGCUCGAGCCUUUCGUCUACAUGAGCAUGAACCAGAAGCACACGCACAAAAACAAAUCUUUUCGCAAAGUCAGACGGUUCGUGACUUGGACGAAGAUGCUGAUGCCGGAGGCGCUGAGCUUGUAACCAUGUCUUAUGCUCUUUCCAUGAUCCCCGAGUUCUACCCUUGCAUAGACUCAAUCUCUUCGCUACUAUCGCCAAACGGCAUUGUAGGUGUUGUUGACUUCUAUGUUCAAAGCCAGGUCGAGUUCAACUCCAGAAAUUACACUGGUGGCGCUAUCAACAGACACUGCAUGUGGAUCUCCAGGGUAUUCUGGAGAACAUGGUUUGAGAUCGAUCGGGUCAACCUCGAAGCUGCUCGGAGAGACUACCUAGAAUACAGGCUGGGUACUAUCCUCAGCGUGAAUGCUCGCAACAAUUUCUUCGGUGUCCGGCUUCCAUACUACAUCUGGAUUGGUUGUGCAAAGAGCAGCGAAGGUUCGACGGCAAAGUUGGCUGAGAUCGAUGCUGCGGCCACAGAAUCCCCAUACCUUUCUGCGUUGGAUCUUCAGACCGGGCCUGUACAGGCUGAUGUGGAAGUCCGCUCCAAAGCGUACGAGUCUGCGAUUGUCAAUCUCCAGUCUAGCCUCCCCUUGCCCGCAACUUGGUACCAAAAUCAUCACUGGCGUAUCCACUACGACGAAAGCUUGCCCAAGCACACCCGCUUCAACAACUCCUACAUAUACGCAUUCACUUGGGAAGACGAUCGUGCAGACGCUCGUUUACUGAAAGUCACGCCGGAUGAUGUCGUCCUUGCAAUUGGCUCGGCAGGUGAUAAUAUUCUGUCCUUUUGCCUAGAAAAUCCACGACGCGUCCACGCCGUCGAUCUCAACCCCUCACAGAAUCAUCUCUUGGAGCUCAAAGUCGCUGCAUUCACUGCUCUCGGUUACGCCGACGUAUGGAAACUUUUUGGUGAAGGGAAGCAUGCUUCCUUCCGCACUCUCCUCGUCGAAAAGCUCAGCCCUCACAUGAGUUCCGCAGCGUUCCAGUUCUGGCUUCAGAACGGCCCAUCCGUCUUCUCGGAACCCAAAAGCAAAGGUCUCUACUACUCUGGAGGAUCCGGUAACGCCCUCCGACUCAUUGGCUGGCUAUUCCGCAUCCUAGGCCUCACCCCCGAGCUCGAAGCCCUCUGCACAGCCCAAACCCUAGCCGAACAACGCGACAUCUGGAACCGCUCGCUCAAGUCCGUCCUCCACUCCAAACUGCUCACCUGGGCCAUCCUCUCCAACGAAAAAUGGCUCUGGAAAGCCCUCGGCGUUCCCCCCGCGCAACGCGCCAUGAUCGAAUCCGACUUCCGCAACGCGACCUCGGAAUUCGACACGGCAACCGCAGAGCGCAAGUCCUCGGGCAACGCAAUCUACGAAUACGUCCUCAACACGUUCGAACCCGUCGUCAACACCACGUUACUCAGCACCUCGAACCACUACUACCUCCUCACGCUCCUGGGUCACUACACCCCUAGCUCGCACCCUACAUACCUCUCACCGAAAUCCCAUGUGCGUCUCAGCAAACCUAAUGCGUUUUCGGGCCUGCGCAUCCACACGGAUGAAAUCAGCGAGGUCAUCUCGCGCAUGCGUCCUGCGACCUUGACUAUCGUCGUCGUCAUGGACUCGAUGGAUUGGUUCCCGCCCACGGGCUCGCAAGCGCUCAAGCAGAUCCGCGCGCUGAACCGCGCGCUCAAGGUUAAAGGCCGCGUUAUGCUGCGCUCGGCGGGGCUGGAGCCUUGGUAUUUGAGCGUGUUUGAGGAAUGUGGGUUUGUGUGUAAGAGGGUUGCCGUUAGAGUUCCUGGGGCUUGUAUUGAUCGUGUGAACAUGUAUGCUUCGACGUGGAUCUGCACAAAGGAGACGAGUAUCGAGAAGGAAGAUGCCAAGGUGAACUUGCGCAAGAGUUCUAUGGGCGAGCUCAAGAUUUGA